AUGGGCGCCACUCCAUUCCGUCGUUCUAUCCUCGAGGUCCGAUUGCCAAAGCACUUUGACAAACCGACGGACAUGAGGUAUGACGGGACACAAGACCCGCAGGAGCACCUUAUGGCCUUUGAGGCCCGAAUGAACCUCGAGGGAGUGGGAGACGAAGUAAGGUGCCGCGCCUUCCCGGUCACCCUGGCAGGCCCUGCGAUACGAAUCGUGAAGGCCAAGCACCCGAUUAAUCUGCUCGGCGUCACUCAGAAAGCCGAUGAGACGACCAGAAAAUACCUAGAUCGCUUCAAUGAUGAAUGCUUGGAAAUCGAGGGGUUAACAGAUUCGGUGGCGAGUCUAUGUCUGACGAAUGGACUUCUUAAUGAGGACUUCAGAAAGCAUCUCACCACUAAGCCAGUCUGGACGAUGCAAGAGAUCCAAACGGUAGCUCGCGAAUACAUUAAUGAUGAGGAAGUCAGCCGAGUUGUGGCUGCCAACAAGCGGCAGCCCUCCUACACUCAGCCAAGGCAACAUGGCAACGGAGAAAGACAGAAGGAGCACGUCAGAGACGGCGGCCUAAGCAGGACACCUAGACCGUUUCCUCGUGUGGGGAAGUUCACCAACUACACUCCCCUCACUCUCUCCAUCAUAGAAGUCUACCAACAGAUAGCUGAGAAGGAAAUCUUGUCGAAGUCCCGUCCACUGAAGGACCGGACUGGCGGUAACAAGAGCCUUUACUGCGAUUACCACAAAGGCUACUGA